AAACUUUCAAACAGUGUAGACAGACAGAGAGACAGUGGGUCGGAGAGCUGGAGUGACGGGGGGAAUCAAGUUUUGGACUAACCGCUUCACCGCACACUCCAAACAAGGGCUGUCUUCUGAGAAAAAAAGUGAGUGAAGAAAAGAAAGAGGCAGAGUCAGUGUGGAUAAUUUUUGGGGGGAACAUCCUGCACCACAACUUUGUUUUCUCCUUCUUUCUCAUCUUCCCCCUCCUCUCAGAUCUCGAUGCUUUGCUUUGGGACUUGUGCUCCAAAUCCAUCCAGUUCCUCUCUUGAACUUUGCCAUCUGAAACACUUAGAGUUACUAAUUUUUUCCAGAACUUUGCAACCUAACAGAGUGAAACAGACGUUUUCAGAAAUUCACUUGGACUAAAAGUUGAAUUCAAGCCCUGUUCUGGAAUGAAUUUAACUGAGAACACUUUGUCUGGAGAGACUCUUGUUCAUCCCAACCGGGUGUCUCUUGGGGGCCACUGGGCGUCCAGGACCCCAAGUCCUGCCUCUGACUCUGAAAUGGGAUUUGAGCACAGCCUCUCUGGGGAUUGCAAUUCUCCUGAUGGCCUUGGGACCAGGAACAUGAGGAUAACAGAACCGAGGAUUACUCAGAUGCCGAGUUCAGGGGAGCAGAGCCCAGACCUCACCCAAGCAGGAGGCACAGCUGACGAUAAGUCCAUGGGCAGUGAGCAGAGGAUCCGCAGGCCCAUGAAUGCCUUCAUGGUGUGGGCCAAAGAUGAGAGGAAGCGACUGGCCCUGCAGAACCCUGACCUGCAUAACGCUGUGCUCAGCAAGAUGCUCGGUCAGUCAUGGAAGGCUCUGAGUGCCACAGAUAAGCGACCAUUUGUGGAGGAAGCAGAACAUCUCCGUGUCCAGCACCUCCAGGAUCACCCAAACUACAAGUACAGGCCUCGUCGCAAGAAAACCACGAAAAAACUCAAGCGGGUUGAACCAGGGCUUCUGCUUCACAGCCUAGCUCAGGGCGGUGCACCAGGCCUUGGAUUAGGACGUGGUGCUAGCCCCUUGGAUGCAAAAAGUCUCUCUGGAGGUCCUGCAUAUGGACAGCCAGGUGCCCACCCCCCACACCAGCAUCACCCACACCACCUGCUAUCCUCUCUGGGGCACUUCAGGGAUCUUCAGGCUCCAGGACACCCAGAGCUGGAGAGCUAUGGCCUUCCCACUCCAGAGAUGUCCCCUCUAGAUGUUCUGGAAGAUGGAGCUGGGGAAUCUGUGUUUUUCCCCCAACAUAUGCAAGAAGAGGUGGGAAUGGGAGGUUGGAGUGGGUACCACCACCACCUUCAUCCUCAUAACCAGCAUUACAGCCAUCAUUACAACCACCACAAUUCCAUACAUGGUGCAGUGCCGCACGGUCAAGGUUCAGGAAUGAGUGCUGGUGUCAGUUUUAGCACUGGUAUGAAUUCCAGUUUGAGUCCAGGUAGAAGCUCCAGAAUUGACUCUAGAAUGAGUUCUGUGGAGUCCAGUAUGACCUCGAGCAUGAACUCUGUCGCUUCAGUUUUGGCAAGUUCAGUCAGCCCCAGGUUAAAUCCUGCUCAUUCCUCCAGUCACCACAUCACCUUAAGGAGUCCUGCAAAGUGCCUGCCACCUCUGUCCAACUCCCCAUCUCCUGUUUCCUAUGCCCAGCCUACCAUCAGCCUCCCUGAGCCAAUAAAAUGCCACCAAACUCCCCAGAGUGCUGCUCCUGUCAGCUUCUUUAAUCAGGUGUAUGGGAGUAGUACCCCAAAUGCCCCUCACUUCACUUCUUCUCACUUGGGGCAGCUUUCGCCUCCUCCUGAAACUUCUCCUUCCUCCUGCUCAUCCUCGUCCAUCCCUCCAUCAACCUUCCUUCCAGCCAUGCACUUAGACCCUUCAAACCCAGAGUCCUCCAGCCAUAUGGGGACUGCUGAGUUUUGGUCUGAGGUGGACAGGCACGAAUUUGACCAGUAUGUGAAUAUUGGAAGGAAUCAAGAGGAGGCCUUUGGAUUUGGUGGGGGCUGUGGGGGUGUGUCCAAAGUCAUGGGUAUAUGCAAUAACAGCAGCCUAGGUAACAGCAUUAAUAGCAGCGCUAGCAGUGUCAUUAAUAGGGAUAUUAGUAGUAUGAGUGGUGCUGGUGGGUGUGAUGAUGGGAGUAGCCCUCUUAUAUGUGCUCUUUCUGAUGCAAGCAGCGCCGUCUAUUACAGUGCCUGUAUCACUGGAUAAAUAAAUAAAUAUAUAUGUCCCCCCAGUUUGGAAGUAUGUCAGGAAGAUCAGUUUUAAUUCACACUUAAUCAAGUCAUGUCUUAACAAUCUCUCAUAGAUUCCCACUGUAAUUUAAGAAAUUAAAAAUUUUCUACAUACUAAAAAGAUGUAGACAAAAGGUUUUUGUUACACAAACAUUCCUGCAGCCAGAGCUGUGUGUAAAGCCAAAAACCACAGUUUAGCUAACACAAAUUUCCUAAGUGGAUAGAAAAGGA